CAGCGACUCAGAGCGGAGUGCCGCGCUGAGAGUGCACGCGGCGGCGGCUGAGAAGAGCCAUCGACGGGUUUGGGUGUGAAGUGACCGCUUGUCGGGCAGCUAUCGGAACAAAUCACGCGUGUGCAGAGGAGGGGGGGGUAAGGAGGGCUUCGCGUGGAGAGGGUUGGUAUAACGCGUCGCCUCACCCACACGAGUCGCCCACUCCGCCACUGCGCUCUCCCCUCGCUCUUCCCUCGCUCUCUCGUCUGCUCCUCGCCUCGCUCAUCUCAUCCCAUCCAUCCAGCCUCCCGCUCAUCGCGACCCCAUGAAGGAGUUUAAACAGAAGCUCAACUGGGUGUUCAAAGGCAGGAUGAUCGCCCCCGCGCGGGGCCGCGUGCCACAGCCCCCCGCACGCAGCGUCCUCGUGUUCCGCAACGGGGACCCCCACUUCCCGGGGCGCCGCUUCGUGCUCAACGAGCGGCAGGCGGCCACAUUCGAGGCCUUCCUCGCGCAGGUGACGCGGGGUCUGCAGGCCCCCUACGGCGCCGUGCGGCGUCUCUACACCCCAGCCGAGGGGCACCGGGUUCGCUCCCUGGACGCGCUGCGCCCGGGGGCUGCGUACGUGGCUGCGGGCAGCGAGACGUUCAAGAAGAUCGAUUACUCCCAGAUCGUCCCUACAAAAAGGGAGCGAUCCCUGCACAGAGACGCAGUGCAGAUCCGGCCCGUGGCUCACAGCAGAAUCGUGGCCUCAGCCAAGUGGAGCAAACCUCAGCAGGAGCCCGUCACCAUAUUCGUGUACGCGAACGGGGACGCGCUGAGCGCCGCUGUGCGUCUGCUGGUGCCCGCGCGCGCCCUCUCCGACUGGCAGCACGUGCUCGCCAUCGUGACAGAGAAGGUGCAUCUGCGGACAGGCGCCGUGCGAAGGUGCCAACCACACGUCCCUCCCAUCGUCGCUCCAGUCGCUCACAGCGGGACUCGCCGCCAAGCGCUCUCAUCAAUCACUCACUCCUCCAGCUGUGCCCCUUUAAUCGUGGCCAGCACUACACCCGGCCGCAUUAAUCUCCCUAGUGGUGACGUUAACACACCGCACCAGGUACACACACAGACACACGCACACACCGAGCACCGGCGUUGCGCUCACGUGACCCGCCUGUGGCGCAGGCUGUACUCCCCGUCGGGCCAGCUCGUGUGGGACGGCUCCGAGCUGGAGAACGGCCACUCCUACGUGGCCACGGGCACCGAGAAACUCAAGCGGCUCCCCUACGGCGCCGGGGGCCUCGCCAAGGCCUCCCCGCGCCACAGCAACAGCAGUUCCAAGGGCGUCGUUCUGCCGCCGCUGGUGAUGCCGAGGAGGAGUCGCGACUCGAGCCACAACAGCAAAUCCCCGAGCAUCAACACCCUCGCCAGCUCCUUUCCACAGCUGGGAGACGGCUCCCUCCUCUCGGAGCGCAACGGGGGGGUGCCCCUUCCGUCGGCGCGACGCCGCCAGCAGCUGUCCCCGCGCGACUCGCGCGCCGCGCGCGACCUCCACUCGCAGCACCACCCCUACCAGCAGCAGCUGCAGCAGCACCACCCCUACCAGCAGCAGCUGCAGCAGCAGCAGCAGCCCGAACACCGCGGCGGGCAACGCAAGCCCGGCUACCACCACCACCUCCAGCAGCACCACCAACAGCACCAUCAGCAGCACCACCAGUACGGAGACCCCGUUCCACCAGCUCAGCCGCGGGCCGCUGGCAAGACCGGUCUUCGGAGGGCCCCUCCGAAGAAUGGGCCCAGAGGUCACGGGCUGGACGCGGAGGAACUUGGCAAGUGAUUAUCUCAGCGAAUCAGAAAAUAUUUAUUUAGACUGCAGGAAU